AGUGUUUGUUCGCUCGCGGACCUCGUCGCGACGAAUUUCGCGCGAGAUGCUGCGCGAGCCGGUUUAGUUUCCGUAAUAGUUGCGGUGCAAAAAACCGAUUAACCUCGUUGUUGUCGCGCAUCCCAUCAGAAGGCGAAGCAAGCGCGGGAUAAUCCAAUUCUUGACGCGCCGCGGCUCUCGUAUAGACCGACAUUGUACGCGACUUGUUUAAUCCUGUGUAUUUUUAACGAGAUUUGACUUGUACAGCUUUUGACGAGGGAUGCGACGUUUUUCCGUGCGGCUGAUUUAUGCGUAUUCCUGCAGUGAAUGUGUGUUAAGGGGGCGGUUAUUCUGCGCUAGAAAUAUUUUGAGCUCAUAUUCUCGUUACUGAGAAACGGCGAGGUUCGGCGCGAAGCUACAUUUAUUUCAUACCGUCGUGCAAAUCUAACGUAAACAAGCCGUUCGCGCUUUAUUUACUCGGUUCUAUAUUUAAAUUUAUUAACUCGUAUUUGGACAGCAUUUCAUCAAACGAUGCAUCAAUACGGCAAAUGAAGCUGCGCGGGAAAUGAUAAUGACGCCGAGGAUCGCGCUGCUUUCGACGAUACUGAUUAUGCGGGAUCGACGGGGCCCGGCGUGCCCUCCCAGCAGCAGCGGAAGAGCGUUCGCCAACACGGCCCUCGGAGCUGCGGCGGGCGCGUGCUCGUAGAGGCUGCGGGCGCGGCCUGGGGCGCCUCCGUGUGUACCUUAGGCUCCGCGCCGUCCGCUUCUUCGCUUGCAUCGCCAGACCGCUAUGAACGCCAGCGUCAACAUUGAGAGGAACUCGUGGCGUCUGCCUCCAGACGAGACCGUCCAGGUCGCAGAUCCACGCUCGAAGUCUGCCCAGGUAAAAGAGGAUUUGACUUACUCCGAUGGCGGUCAUAAUUGGCGAAGUAUCAUCUUCUCCCUGCUGGUAAUCGGCGGCGUUAUCGCUGGUAUCGUCACCGCCAUUUAUCUGCUUGGCUACGUCGACGAACUUUUGUACUGGAGUGGAAGACGCUUGACGCUGGAGGAAUGCCUUCACGGUGACUUGACCCCCCACAGGCUACCGCCCACUUGGAUAUCGCACGACAAAUUCGUCUAUCAAGCGGACGACGGCUCCCUCGCCCUCCUCGACACCUCCAACAACUCCAUUUCACUCUUGGUAUCGAACCAUACUCUCAGGCAGCUCAACGUGCAGGGCUAUCAGUGCAGCACGGACCUACGUUAUGUGCUCUUCAAGCAUAAUGUCAAGCCGGUCUUCCGACACACGUUCACUGCUCAUUACACGGUCUACGAUGUCACGAACGACCACCACACACCCCUUCGGCUGCAGGCGUCGCCGCGAAUACAGCAGACGCGUCUACAGCACGCGGCCUGGCUCGGCAACACGACUGCCCUGCUGAUGGUCUCGGACAACGACAUCUACGUGCGCGGAUCCCCCAACUCGGCCGAGGACACCAGGCUCACGGACACGGGCCUUCCUGGGAUCGUCUACAAUGGGGUGCCCGAUUGGCUGUAUCAGGAGGAGGUGAUGCCCAGGCCCGACUGCACGUGGCCCAGUCCCGACGGCUCGCAUCUCCUCUACGCCAGUUUCAAUGACUCCAAGGUCAACGCACUGGAGUUCCCGUGGUUCGGCGCGUCGGUGAACUCGGAGACGGUGCGCAAGGGCGUGUUCCCGCCUUCGAGAACGGUGCGCUACCCGACGCCGGGCUCGCCCAAUCCCGAGGUCGACGUCUGGAUCGUCGACUUCACCAACGUCACCACCGGCUACAACAACGCCACGAACCUCACCAGCUCGACCCCCACCAAGGUGAAGCUCAAGCCGCCGCCGGUCUUCGAUGGGCAGGAGUACUACCUGAUCUCGGCCGGCUGGAUAGGCGAGGACUCGGCCCAGGUCGCGGUGGUCUGGAUGACGCGCUCGCAGAACCUCUCGGUGGUGUCGGCCUGCCGGGCGCCGAGCUGGGAGUGCGAGGAGACCCACUCGGAGCGCGCCCCUGAGGGCCAGUGGCUGGACGCCCAGCCGCACCCAGUCUUCGCCCCGGACGGCGACAGCUUCCUCCUGCUGGGGGCUGUGCAGGAGGGCGCCCAGGAGCACUUCACCCACAUCAAGCACAUCACCCUCACCCAGCAGAGGAUAGCCGUGCUCUCGCACGGCCGAUACGAGGUCAGCGAGAUUCUCGCCUGGGACACGAGGUCCCACCUGGUGUAUUAUUUAGCGACGAGGGAACGAAGCCCCGGGCAGAAGCACCUCUACGUCGUGAAAGACCCUAUCGCUGACGACCCUCGAAGGCUGGAGCCGCUCUGCGUCACUUGCGACAUCGCCGAUACCCAGCUGAAUAACCGAUUGUACUACACGAAUUGCACGCACUUCGGGGCGUCGGUGAAUCCGCCGCUGCUGGACGAGCAGGCGCAGGAGCCGAAGGACGACGAGGAGCUGGGCUACUACGUGCUCUACUGCGAGGGCCCGGGCCUGCCUCUGGCUGCGAUUCAUUCCAUGAGGACGCACAAAAUCGUCCGAAUCCUCUACGACACGAGGAUCCAGAGGGCAGAGCUGCUCUCGCAGCUCGCUCUGCCCAAGAGACAAAGUUUCGAGGUGCCGCUACCCCAGGGCUGGCGGGCCCAGGUCCAGCUUCUGCUGCCGCCGUCCUGGCGCGAGGAGCUGCGCGACGCAGCUUUCCCAGUCCUGGUCGAGGUGAACGGUCGGCCGGGCAGCGCCGCGGUGACGGACCAGUUCCGCGUCGACUGGGGCACCUACAUGUCCAGCCACAACGACGUCGUCUACGUGCGGCUGGACGUGCGCGGCGCCCGGGGCCAGGGCAAGCGGGCCCUCUACCGUCGCAUCGGCGGCGUCGAGGUCCAGGACCAGGUGACGGUGCUGCGGCACCUACUCGACACCCUCAAGUACCUCGACGAGUCGCGCGUCGGCGUCUGGGGCUGGGGCUACGGCGGCUACGUCACCUCCAUGGUCCUCGGCAGUCAGCAGAACGUCUUCAAGUGCGGCGUCGCCGUCAACCCCAUCGCCGACUGGCUCUACUACAAUUCGGCCUUCACGGAGCGCGUGCUCGGACCGCCCGCGGAGAACUACAAGGGCUACGUCGAAGCCGACCUGACGCAGCGCGCGAGACUCGUGCCCAGCCACAGUCUCUACCUGCUCCACGGCAUGGCGGACCUCAGCUCGCCGUACACCCACGGCAUGGCCUUCGCCAAGAGCCUCACGGAAUCCGGCGUCAUUUUUAGAUACCAGAGCUACGCGGACGAAGACCACGCUCUGUCAGGCGUGCUAGAGCACGCCUAUCAUUCCAUGGAGGACUUCCUUGCCGAGUGCCUCGCCCUGGACGCCUCCUAGUGCCUCAGAUCGACUAUCUUCCUCGUCGGCCGGCAGCUGAUCAGCCCUGCACGCCCCGCACUGCGCCUGAUAAUACUUACUACAUUCACAGCUGGACUACACCAUCGGAAGCACCGACGUACACCUCCACCACUACCGACCCUCAUAAUACGACUCGUACCCGUCGCACCCGACGAAGACGUCUGCGACGAUGCUACUACUGCUCCUAGCUAUCGUUCUCCCUUUGCUAGGCUCACGCUCAGUUAAUUAGCGCCGGUCGCGUGUCUCUAUGCACUCUCACGCGGUAUCUGCUCAAUAUCGCGAUCACCAACAUCAUAUUGUGUUAUACUUAAACGGCGAGAAAGAUGCCAAUUCUCGCGCGCAUCAGCGGGGCUGCAGACACGCGCUGACAGAUCGAGAACGUGUGCGUAGACAAGAAAAUUAGCCGGGAGAGUGCGUGCGUUACUUACAUGCUUUGCGUUAUGCGCGCCAUACUUAUAUACAGUGUGCCUGCUGGUUGUGUGUUUAUUUAAUAAUAAUGCGAGAGAGAGAGAGAGAGAGAGAGAGAAAGAGUGAGGACGUAGACGUUCCUAAAUAUGCAUUAACCCGCGCAGCGCUGCAGCUUGAAAUACACGACAAAUAAGCGAGGUUUAGUUUUCCACUGUUAUCAGACGGAGGAUCCGCUGUGUAAAAAUUAAAAACGAUCGUAUAUAUUGAAUCGCCUUUGUUAUUGCGCCGUGUGUUAUAUAAUGUAUCGAGGACUAGAGGUAUAUGUGUACAUAUUGUAAUUUUCAUGACUCGGACAUGUAUGUAUAAUCAGUCGCGCACUACGCGUUAUAUUCAAAAGUUUUAUGACGGCGUAGUAUUAUCAGUAAUUAUUAUUAUUAUUAUUAUAUUAUUAUCCUAAAGACGAUCGGCUAUGUGCGUACGUGUAUUGUUUGACGUUGCCAGUACCACACACUCACCCACGCGUGUGACUACUCUUGUUAUAUUACUACAAUAAUACACACUUUAUCGUGUGUAUCGGUUUUGAAACGACGAUCCGAUGCGCAAUUCUCGCCUCGAGUCGUCGUCCUGAUGUUUCGUAUACCUACAAUUAUACGUGCCCGCACUUUCUCUGUCUCACAUAUAUGUAUAUUCGGUAUCUGGACGUAACUGCCGUAUCAUCGCUAAUAAGUAUAUAAUAUGAAAAAAUAUACUCUUCGCGUCGUCCAGUAAACACACCCCGGCGACGAAGUUACGCGUCUGUGCGAGCAUCAGAGACAAAACAAAAACAAACAAACAAACCCCGCGAUACAAUCAAAGUGAAAACGAACUGUCGAUAUUUAGCAACUCCUCGUUUUUCGAGUACUAUUUAAAAAGUAAAAAAUAUACAUACAAAUAUAAUUAUACAUAUAUUCCUGAUGAUAUUAUAUGAUUUGUUUCAUCGCGUCGCGUUAUAAUAAAGGCUUUCCGCGUCUACAGUUGUGCGCGUAAUAGAGAGGUAUGUGCAGAGGAUCGUCGAUGUAAAAUAUCCGUAUAGGAGAAAACGUGGAAUACAAUACGCGUAUUAAAUAGACGAUAGAAAGAGAGCGAGUUAUCCACCUUCGGCCUCACCGUAAGACUAUAUUGUAUGCAGACACAAAGCAUGCAUAUUCGUGCGUACGAAAUUGCAUACAACACACUUUGAAAGAUAUUUGUAAAUAAUUGUUCAACGUGCAUUACACUAUAUUGUUAUUAAGAAUUAUUAUUAUCGUCAUUAUAUUAUAUUAUAUUAUAUUAUUAUUACUAUCGAGAAGAGGAAAGUGUCGAACUCUACUGUCCUUAUACUUUGAAUAGUAUAGUUGUUACUGUUAUUGUUAUCUAACUGUCAUCGUCAUCUCGUCACAUUCGUUCCUGUCUUCUCGUUAUUGUCUCGACUUAAUAAUUAUAUAAUAUCGACUAUGCGUCGCAUCAGCUCUUUUAUCCUCGCCCAAAGUGCGCUUCUAUAUUGUGAAAAAAAUUUGGCCAACGAGUCGCGAGCUCGUUAUAAAUGUGUAAAUUAGCGUGACGCAGCUCAGACGUGGCUUGCUUCAAAUCAAUCAUCAAUGAAAUGAAAAGUUUUAACGCGCUCCAAAAGUUUAUUUUAAGGAGGCAAAAUUGAAUUUUUGAGAAUUUUUCCAGCAACAACAACACAGUGUACAAAUUUUAUAUAUUUCGAAAUACGAUCGAGUUUGGAGAAUUAACCGCGUACUUAUGAGCGAGCUUGGAUCGGGGGACAGUAGCGAGAUUGACAUGGGAAGCAAAAUGAAUGAAUAAAUACAAAAGAAAAUAUCGCGCUCAAUGAGAAUAUAUCGCACGCCGCAAUUAAACGCUGUGUGCCAGCAGCCCUUAUAUGCCGACAAUCAAGGCUAGUGCAAGUAAUCAAACAAUAAAUAAAUGAAGAUGAAAAAAAAAUAUAAAACUACUAAUAAAAAAUAAUUAUUAUUAUCAUUAUAAUAUACUUAUAUCAUUAAAUACGAUCAUCUUGUACGAUAUCGCAGUAAGACGACAGUGGUACGCGACGCAUUGCGUAACGAGGGAAAAAGAUGUGGCUUGAAAAGUGGUUUCUAAAACAGUUAACGAAUAAAAGUAUAGACUAUAUAACUAUAUGAGAGUCAAGGUGAUGAUGCGACAACUCUUUUUCCUCUUGACGCGAGAGAACGAGCCUAUGAUAAUCGCUGAACUAUUUCGCGACCGAAGGAAGGUCUAGUUGAAUCGAGCUUUUUCCGUUUUUAAAACACUCGACAUAUAAAUAAUACUAUGCUUAUUUUCACCUAUAAGAUUCUUCGAUAUAGUUUUAGGGUAUACAUAUAGCGAGAGAGGUCAGAAAAAGCAUCGUUUUUGAAAACGAUAUAUCGAACGAUUCGACGAGAUAAUUUAUUCCGAUUGUUAUUUAUAUUAAACAUAACCAAACUUAAAAGCAAACUCAUGUGCAACUGUAGUCAAUGUAAUGUUAGCUAAUGACUAAGACAAACCGGUGCUGUUGCUAUUAGCUAAGUAUAAACACGAGCCAUGUGAUUAACAAGUUGAUGCACGAAAGAAGCGAAAGAGAAAAGGGAAGAAAAUAUUAAUAAAGAGGCGACAGUCGCGUUUAUGUAUGUUGUGUGAAUAGAAAAAAAAAUGUUAUAAGCAAAUCAAUCGAUCAUUCGUGUGCAUUGCAAUACGUAAGGAGAAUUACAAGGAGCGAUUAGAAGUCUUUCGAUGUGUAAAAUGAUUGUGUUUAUAUAAUAAGCUAUAUAAGGGCCGCGCGAGCGUCAUAUGCCUCGAUUCAAUUAAUUUUUCUUCGUCGGUUAUUGCCACGAUUCCAGUUUCGAAGGGUAAACGAAUGUGAUUAUCAUUUUACGAGUGAAAGUUGUAACGAAAGAAAUAAGAAUCGAAGAAAGUAUAAUACAGCAUAAGACAACAAGAAAAACUCUCAUGUUCGCAAAUUCACGUCAUAUUCCUUACGCUUCGAAGAAGAAUUUAAGAGAAAUUAUAAAUAUAAUAAAAACCGAGCUUGCGCGCAAUUACUACGGCAUACGGCACUAUAGCUUAAACUGGAGAUAUGAGGGAAAGAGAGAAAACAACAACAAUGAAAUUUGUUAAAUUCUCAGUUGUUCGGGGCGAAAGCGCGCGCGCGUUUCACGCUGUGACUUCGGUUCAACGUUUACCGAUUUUCCCGCCUUUUUCGCGCGGGAAAUCCGCGUUGUUCCUACCGAAGGCUGAUUAUAUUAUCGUAUAAAAUUUAGAGAAACACGCUUUUUCGGUAAGAUUUAUUAAAGUAUUAUUAUAAAAACAAAGAUAAAGAAAAUAAUGUGACGAUAGGAGACAAAAGCGAGAAAGGGGGGGAGAGAGAGAGAGAGAGAGAGAGAGAGAGAGAGAGAGAGGUCGAUGAAUUCGUGCUACGAUCAAUUAUUAAGUGUAAUGCGUAAAAGUUUGAGCGUUUUAGAAGCUGAGAAUGUAAUAAAAUUUUUAAGUAAAUAUGCGAAGAAUUUAACGCAAGUUUGGGGCUCUCCAUGAAAUUUCUACGAAACCUAUUCACGUGGCUGAAUAAGCACUCGGUACAUGAAUAAUUAUGUUCUAUGUUUGAAAAAAGGGGUUUCAUGUUUUUGUAUCACGCCAAAUUUUUGUACACUAGAGAAAUUUUAUUAUAUAUUGAAAAUUGAAAUAAAUUCUAUCCAUGACCAUAGUGUAUAUGUAAUUACUGUUUUUCAUUAUUUACGUGUAUCGUUAUUCUUUUAAGGUUUAAUAUAUAGUUGUGUAAACAAAAAAUUUUAAAGGAUGAGAAAGACAUAAGGGCAUUUUAUUUAUUAAUAUUUUCAUGGUGUAUAGUAGUGAUACGAUGUUUUAGACCGAAAAGAAUAAUAAUUGUAAAAAGUCACGACGUUAUUUGUAGAUAAUAGAGAAAACCAAUUGAUUUCGAUCUCUUUAAAGGAUAAAUUGAACGAAAGCUAAAUAAGCCAUGCAGCGAAAAACAUUUUCGGUAUAUAGUAGCGCAUAAAGAUAAUCCAUAAAGCUUUGAUAACAAAGACAGCCGCAAAUACGCUAUAGUAGGAUAUGACCGACCACCGAGAGGAGAGCGCGAAAUUCAAUCAAAAUCGUAUUAGGAAUCUCAAAUUUUCGAAUUUUCUACUCUACUUCAACCCCUCCACACGUCGUAUUAUCCGUAUAUAUAUAUACACACUCUAAAGCUAUAAACUUUAUCAUUUGUAAAAUAAAAACAAAACCAAUACGCGCAUGAAGAAGCUUAUAAGCAGCUGUACUGAUUGUCUUCUUGUAUAAACCGUCGUAAGAGAAAGUUGAAAAAUUUGAGCAAUCUAAACCACACGUUAUUCGAGAUAGGUGAAUUUUUACCGCGCGAAAAAGAAAGAAAUUCGUAGGCGGCGCUGAGAAUACGUAAAAAGUAUAAAUCGUAAUACAAAAAGUAUCUCGCUUUAAUCGUCGCGGUUUUUAAAGGAAGACUUUCGUACGAAUUUUUCAGACUCGUUUCCCCAAAAAAAAAAAAAAAUUCAUUAUACUGAUCGAGCAAAAGAAGUUGGGCAGCGAGCCUUUAAGUCGAAAAUUAUGUAGUAAACGUUUAAUAAAAAAAAGGAGGGCUAUAGAGUAUCGAUACUCGAAGAAGAGUCUGCGUCAAUUACAAUUACCAGCAAGGGAGACAGGAAGCUUUGAGUAAACGUACUUAAGCUCGUUGUAAUGUCACGUAUUAAAAAAAAUAAUAAUAAAUAAAUAGGAAAAAAGUAAUACAAUUAUUAGGAGAAAUGCGAAUAUUAAGGAUGUCAGCGCCGUCUAACUUGCGACUAUAGCACCAGUUAUCUUCCACCGUAACAUUCACGAGAUAAUCAUGUUACUAAGACUCUGCGUUUUUUAAUAUCAGCGAGACGAGACUCGGCCCAGGUAUGUCGGGCGGACAAAAUGUUUUCAAUAAACUGUUACAUUACCUGAA